AUGUGCAAUCAAGCCAACGUGGCCUCCUCCCCUGACCUUCAUGGCAAGAGUUGCUGGGCGCUGCUACGGACACUCAAUCCGCUGCUAGCUGUGGUAGAGCCACGACGCUUCCUCGCCGUCAUUAAGCCACUCGUCCGCGAGGAGGACUUUUCAUUGGUCGUCCAGUAUCUUGUCUCGAUUAGAUUUCCUAUCCGCUUCAGUGUAGUGAUAGGCGAUGGUGAGAUGGAUAGUGAAGGCGAUGGUCAGUCCUCGCCCACUGCAGGCACGAUUGCACGCCCCGAUGCCUCGAGCGUCGAAAUCGAGGCCACAAAUAUUUCUCUGAUGCCCGAAGACGAAAAGACGCUCGACGUAGAUACCAUUGAAAGCGCUCGAUCUUUCAGAGAGCUUUUCUUGAAGAAUCUGCGCCCUAACUUUAGCAUCAUGACAGCAGUUAAGGGCCCUACUGAGGAUUCGUUGCGCCUUAUUGCCUCGGCGACGAGUGAAAGGUUUCUUUGCCCUUGUUUCCUGUAG